AUGGCUCCAUUCAACGUUGUUCCCACCGCCUUCUUGGCUCUAUUGACCGGUGCCGCUGCCCGCGACAUCUUUGUGUCCCCGACCGGCACCGGGUCUGGUACCCAGACAGCGCCGUUUGGGUCCAUCCAAUCGGCCGUCAACGCCGCCGCUGCCGGCGACACUAUUUAUCUCCGCCAAGGCACGUAUGCGCCUUCGUCGAAUAUCCAAAUUGGAAAGAGCGGAACUAGAACCUCGCCAAUUUCUGUCCGGCCCUACCAAAAUGAGAAGGUCAUCAUCAACGGCGAGAACAUGCCAGGAACCCCCAAGGCUUUGGACGAGUCGUUGCCAAAUGGCGAGAGGGGCAUUUUCCAUAUUCAGAACGCAAACUACUGGGCGUUCUAUGAUCUGGAACUAAUUAACGGUCCUUACGGCAUUUAUGCCCGAGAUGCCUCCCACAACUACUAUAACGGUUUGUCGACGCAUGAUAACUACGAGACUGGUUUCCAGCUCGAGGGCGCGUCUUCCAACAACACUGUUCUCAACCUCGACUCUUACCGCAACCGCGACCCUCGCAAGAAUGGCGAAAGUGCUGAUGGUUUCGCCUGCAAAUCAGGCUCCGGUGAGGGCAAUGUGCUGCGCAACGCCCGCCUAUGGGAUAACGUUGACGAUGGCCUGGACCUUUUCAUGUUCACGUCCCCCGUCACGCUCGAGGAGGUCUAUGCCUGGGGCAACGGCUACAACCGAUGGGGCUUCAGCCCCUUCGAGGGCGACGGCAACGGCUUCAAGCUGGGUAUCACGAACAACCCGCCGGCUAACCAUGUUAUCCGCAACUCGAUCGCCUUUGGCAACCUCAAGAAGGGUUUCAUCGACAACGGCAACCCAGGCUCUCUUACCUUCGAGCGCAACACUGCUUGGAACAACGGAGAUACUGGUUUCGUGAUGCGUAGCUCUUCAUCCAAGAUGACCGGUAACAUUGCCGCGGUGAAUGUGGGAAGUGCGCAGGUUAGCUUGGUCAGCUCCGUCAGCGCCUCGGGCAAUUCGUGGAACUCUGGCAGCUGGUCCAACAGCUCGUUUGCCAGCGUCGAUGCGUCCGUUCUGAAGGGACCCAGAGGUUCCGACAAGAAAGUCAAGGGCAGCAAUUUCUUGGUUCCAAAGUCUGGUCAGGCUAUUGGUGCGACCACGCUGCAAGAAGUCUGA